CUGUUUUCUCAGCAGUGAAGUCAGUCACUGUUCAGUGGAAGUUUGAUCAUGUCUGGACUGCAGGGUGUUGGACUGCUGCUGCUGUGGGGCAGCGCCUGCCUCUGGCUGCCCGGCCUGACCAGGGGGGCUCUGAUCAUCUCCGGGACCAGCGAAGCUCUGCAGGAGACAGGAGGAGCUGCCAGAUCACUUCAGAAAAGAAGUACCAACGAGCUCACGGUGGAGGUGUACAGCGUGACGGUGGACUGCACCGUGACGUCUCGUUUCGCCCACACCGUCAUGACCUCCAAGGCUCUGAACAAAGCGAACAAAUCGCAGGAAAUCUUCUUCGAAGUAGAGCUGCCCAAGACCGCCUUCAUCAGCAACUUCAGCAUGGAAAUUGAAGGUCAGGUGUACAUUGGGGAGGUGAAGGAGAAAGAGAAAGCUAAGAAACAGUAUGAGAAGGCCGUUUCCUCUGGACAGACUGCUGGACUGGUCAAGGCUUCUGGAAGAAAGAUGGAGAAGUUUUCAGUGUCUGUCAACAUUGCAGCCAAAAGUAACGUGACUUUCGUUCUGACCUACGAGGAGCUCCUACAGAGGAAACUGGGCCAGUAUGAGAUUCUGACCCGAGUCAAACCCAAACAGCCAGUGCAGGACUUUCAGAUUGUGACGAACAUCUAUGAGCCUCAGGGGAUUGCUUUUGUUGAAACCCAUGCAAACUUCCUCUCCAAUGAACUGCUCCCUCUGGUGGAGAAAACUGUCACGGACAAAAAGGCACACAUCUCUUUCUCACCAACUCUGGACCAGCAGAGGAAGUGUCGAGGCUGUGAUGAAACAAUCAUCGACGGAGAUUUUAUCAUCAAGUAUGACGUGAACCGAGCACACGGCCUCGGGGACAUUCAGAUUGUGAACGGAUACUUUGUGCACUUCUUUGCCCCUCCGGACCUGCCCAGAGUCCCGAAGAAUGUGGUGUUUGUAAUUGACAGGAGUGGAUCAAUGAGUGGACACAAGAUGCACCAGACACGAGAGGCUCUGCAGGCCAUCCUGAAAGACCUCCACGAGGAAGACCACUUUGCCCUCAUCCCGUUUGAUCAUUCUACUGAGGUCUGGCGGGAAUCGCUCACCAAAGCGACCAAAGAAAACUUGUCUGAAGCUUUAAGCUACGUCAGCAAUAUAUACAGCAGAGGAUCAACCAAUAUCAAUGAUGCAAUGUUGAGAGGCGUGAACAUGCUGAUCAAAGACAGGCAGGAGAAGAGGCUCCCGGAGAGGAGCAUCGAUAUGAUCAUUUUACUGACUGAUGGAAAUCCAGAUGGGGGAAAGGCCUCGCUCCCUGUAAUCCAGAGGAAUGUUCGCACUGCUACUGGAGGAAACAUGACAGUGUUCUGUCUCGGAUUUGGGAACGACGUGGAUUACCCCUUCCUGGAUGUGAUGAGCAGAGAAAACAAAGGAAUUGCCCGCAGAAUUUUUGAGGGCUCAGAUGCAACACUUCAACUUCAGGGUUUCUAUGACGAGGUGGCCAGCCCUCUGCUUUUGGAGGUAGAUCUGCGUUAUCCUGACAAUGCAGUGGACUUCCUGACCACCAAUCACUUUAACCAGUUGUUCAACGGCUCAGAGAUCGUAGUCGCCGGUCGGCUGACUGACAAUGAUUUGGAUAACUUCCUGGUAGAAGUGUACGGCCAGGGGUUUGAGGAGGACUUCAAUGUGCAGGGUCAGGCCCGUGCUUUGGACUGGGACGUGAUAUACCCAGGAGAGGAGUACAUCUUUGGGGAUUUCACAGAGCGCCUGUGGGCCUACCUCACCAUCCAGCAACUGCUGGACAAGAGCAAGACUGGCACCUCAGACGAGAAAGCCAACACCACAGCCAAGGCCCUGGACAUGUCUCUGCUUUACAGCUUUGUCACCCCCCUCACCUCCAUGGUUGUCACCAAGCCUGAAACAGAGGACGGUCCAGAAAGCCCUCUCAUCGCUGACAAGCUGACAGAGGAGCAAAGACAACUGGCAGAAAGAACGGCACAUCGUUAUAUACCGUCGCAGGCACACCCAGUAAUGAAUUACCUGCCACCAACACAAUAUGUGGACGGAGAUCCUCAUUUCAUGAUAGAGCUUCCAGACAGAGAGGACGCUCUGUGCUUCAACAUCAAUGACAAACCAGGAACUAUUUUUAACCUGGUCAGAGACCCAACAUCAGGUAUUUUGGUCAAUGGCCAGAUCAUCGGAGACAAGAAGAUUCCCCCUGAUGGUAAAAUUAACACCUACUUUUGGCGUUUUGGCAUCGUCCACAAGACUCUGGGGGUGAGGUUGGAGGUGACCACUGAGGACAUCUGGGUGUUGCAGGAUGGCAAGCAGGUGAAGCUCCUGUGGACUGAUACAGCUGGUCUCAAAGGACCCAAUGUGGAUCUUCUCCUGACCAAGGAUAGAAGCCUAACAGUUACACUGAGAGAUUCAGUCAAGUUUGUCAUCCUGCUGCACAAAGUGUGGAAGAGUCACCCGUACCACCGGGAUUACUUGGGUUUCUACACCCUGGACAGCCACCUCUUGUCCCCAUCUGUUCACGGCCUGCUAGGUCAGUUCUACCAUGGGAUUGAAUUUGAAGUGUCAGAGCUGCGUCCAGGUGAAGUCCCAGAGAAACCAGAUGCCACCAUGUUUGUGAAAGGACAGGAGCUCAAUGUGACCAGAGGCUGGCAGAGAGACUUCAGGGGGGAUGUGAAGAACGGAGAAAACAUUCCCUGCUGGUUCAUUCACAGUAAUGGAACGGGGCUGCUCGAUGGAACUUUUACAGAUUACAUUGUGUCAGGCCUUUUUAAGACUGUCUAAAAAUAGGUCACACGUCGAUGUCCACCAUAGAAUUGAUCCAAAUCACUCUCAUACAAUAAAUAUUCAAAUCUGCCUGUAGGUACUCCAUGAAUACUCUAACAUCAUGCAGCCAUGGGAAAGCAGGCUUCAUUCGCAGCACUGUAUGGACAAUUUCACAGUUUUUCUAUCAGUGUGAUAGCUGGAAUUAUAAGAACUGGAUGUAGAAUCAUCCCAAAAUAGUGCUCAGAGAAAGCCUCAGCAAUCACCUGUAUGGAAAUAAAUGGGAUACAGUUAGAAGAUUGACUCAGUCCAGAUUGACUAAUUUCCUUUUUAGCUUUGCAUCGUCUCAAAUGUCAAAAAAGUCUGUUAAUUCAUGUUUUCAUGUCUUUGCUUUGAUUAUUCUUAAUUUUUCCCAAAGGCUGACACUUUGGACACAUUUAAAUGUUUGCUGAUGUCAAGAACUACUCUGAUGAAAAGCUGUGUAAGAGUUUGUGUGGAGUCCACUGUCGGGCCCCUGAGCCACAUGAUACUAAAUAAACGAUUGGUGACAAAUUGG